UUAAUUAGAUGGUCCAUUUCGAGUUAGGUCGUUUGAAAAAUAAAAAUGAUACAACUAAAUCCCCAAAAGGAUAAUUUUUAGGCGUAAAAGGUCCCACGAUUUAGGAGUUUUUCUUCCCCGCCAACAUCCGAUUCUUCAGAUUGGAAAUCGAACUUGUGAAUCUUACCAAGGUCAGACUAUAAAAUGGUUUCUGAAUUGAUAAAUGCCAAUCCCAUUGUGUAUGAGAAGAAGGAGCGUCAAGCUAGGAUUGCUCCAAGUACAGCUGAACAUUCAGCUGAAAUUAUCGACCAGCUAGAAAUUUUUGACUACCUUAGAGAUAUAAAAGAUCCAGAGCAUCCCUAUUCUCUGGAAGAGCUGAAAGUUAUAACAGAAGAUGCCAUUGAGGUAGAUGACAAGCGAAGCCAUGUAAGGGUCACAUUCACGCCUACUGUGGAACAUUGCAGCAUGGCGACUGUUAUCGGAUUAUGUUUACGUGUGAAACUUAUGCGAUGUUUGCCUUCACGUUAUAAGGUGGAUAUUAGAGUAGCACCUGGGACUCAUGCUACGGAAGCUGCAGUAAAUAAGCAGUUGAAUGAUAAAGAACGAGUCGCUGCAGCAUUGGAAAACCCUAACCUUGUCGACAUGGUAGACGAAUGCCUUGCUCCAUCUCUUGAAUGAGGAAGUGAGUUCUUGUUUAGUAUGUGCAGAUACAACUUGAAACACUUUCAUCAAAAAGUCCCAUGUUAUAUUAUUUUGUUGUGGUUGUUUUUUGAACAGCGUUUCAUUGGUUUUAUUUAAUUCAUUAUAUUGAUAAUGUUGUUGUUUAGUGAAACUGUGAAAUCACAAUGUAGUUGGUUGGCAUGAAAUAUGUUGUAUCUUUUUUGUGAAGAGAUACAUGCAAUAUUCAUAUCAUCA